AUGGCUUCCAAAGUUGCACCUUCGAACGCUACGUUCAAAGACAAAGAAAAGCCUCAGGAGGUUCGUAAGUCCAACAUUGUGGCAGCCAGGGCUGUGGCAGACGCCAUCAGAACGUCUCUGGGUCCAAAGGGUAUGGACAAGAUGAUCAAAACUGGCAAAGGCGAGGUCAUAAUCUCGAACGAUGGCCAUACGAUAUUGAGGCACAUGGCUGUGCUACAUCCAGUUGCUAAGAUGCUGGUUGAUGUUUCUGGUGCCCAAGAUGUUGAAGCCGGUGACGGUACCACGUCGGUGGUUGUUCUUACCGGUGCUCUUUUGGGUGCAGCUGAAAAGCUGUUAAAUAAGGGAAUACACCCAACCAUGAUAGCCGAGUCCUUCCAGAGAGCUGCUGCCAGAUCUGUUGAGAUUUUGCUGGAUAUGUCCCAUAAGAUUGAUCUUUCGGAUCGCCAACAGCUGAUUCGUGCUGCCAACACUUCGUUAUCUUCCAAGAUUGUUGCUCAGCACUCAGCUUUGCUUGGCCCUAUUGCUGUUGACGCCGUUUUGAAAGUGGUUGCUCCGGAUGCAACCAAUGUGGAUUUGAACGACAUCAGAUUGAUCAAGAAGGUAGGAGGAACCAUUGAUGACACCGAGAUGGUGGACGGUGUGGUCCUGACCCAAAACGUCAUCAAGACUGCAGGAGGCCCAACAAUGGUGGAAAAGGCCAAGAUUGGUUUGAUUCAGUUUCAAUUGUCCCCACCAAAGCCAGACAUGGAGAACAAUGUGGUAGUGAAUGAUUACAGACAGAUGGACAAGAUCCUGAAAGAAGAGAGAGCGUACCUCUUGAACAUCUGUAAAAAGAUCAAGAAGGCCAAGUGUAACGUGUUGUUGAUACAGAAGUCCAUUUUGAGAGAUGCUGUGAAUGAUCUUGCAUUGCAUUUCUUGGCCAAGCUGAACAUCUUGGUUGUGAAGGAUAUUGAGAGGGAUGAGAUUGAGUUCAUCUCUAAGAGUCUGGGAUGCAAGCCAAUUGCUGAUGUUGAUUCGUUCACUGAGUCGAGAUUGGGAUCUGCUGACCUGGUGGAGGAGAUUGAAUCUUCUGGCUCGAGAAUUAUCAAGAUUACCGGUGUCAAGAACGUCUCCUCUCCAACUGUUUCUGUGGUGUGUAGAGGUGCCAACCAUCAAAUUUUGGAUGAAACUGAGAGAUCCCUCCACGAUGCCCUCUGUGUCAUCAGAUGCCUCGUUAAGGUGAAGGCACUGAUCUCUGGUGGAGGUGCACCAGAAAUUGAAGUUUCCAGGACUUUGUUCAAGGAGGCUGAUUCGUUGUCGGGUGUGGAGCAGAUUUGUUUCAAGCAGUUUGCCGAUGCUCUGGAAGUUAUCCCAACAACUUUGGCCGAGAAUGCUGGUAUGAACCCAAUUGAGAUCGUCACCGAAUUGAGAAACAAACAUGAACUCGGUGAACGCAAUGCCGGUAUAAGUGUCAGGCGUACUGGUGCAACUAACACAUUCGACGAGCAUGUUCUGCAACCGGUAUUGGUUAGUACAUCUGCCAUUACCCUUGCCAGUGAAUGUGUGAAGUCCAUCCUUAGAAUCGAUGAUAUUACCUUUAGUCGUUAA